AUGCCAAGUGUUGUGAUUGAUACUGGAUCAAACCGAAACAAAACACCCAUACCAUCUUCUUCGGCACUGUCGAGGUUUAUCAAGAGAAGAGGCUGGAUGGCACGUUUCCUGGUGCUAGUAUUUGUAAUUUGGCUCAUUCAUCUGGCCACUGUAUGGUCUACAUCCGUCGUUUCUGACCACGAUCAAACUGAUGGAGUAGAUGCUGCUGUCGUGUCAAAGAGAUCAAUCGCAGAUAGAGUGCUUCGUAGCCCAUCAGUUAUUGGUGAUGGCUCACCUAUCAAAGACAAGACAGGUGCUGAACAAGUCAUAAUAAAAACGGCAUCAAACAAAAAGAGCAAGAAGAAAAAGCCUGAGCAGCAGACGCCUGUUGUAAAUAAGGUGGUAGGGAUAGUCCCAGAUGGUGUUAGAGGAUUGCUACCAUCGUUACCACCACCAUCACCAAAUCCUCAACCAUCUGCUGAAGCUUCGCCUGGUCCCACGUAUGGAGAGAAGGUGCCGGGUGCCCCUGAUCCGCCUGAUUAUGGACCUCAUGAAGAAGGAAGUUGUGGGAGAUACGACUAUCCAAAACUAGCUUCAUUCCUAUCAGCACCCUCAAUACACUGUGACCCGAAAACCUCAAACUCCCAAGUCACCUGCUGGACAGACUACCGCGGCACAGACCAACGCAACCACUCCUUAACUCUCGACCACUACACAGAACGAGACUUAAAAGGCUGGCCUUCCCUAAUCCUCCAAUCAAACCCAACAAUGUGCUUUGUCGAAGGCACAGUCCAGCUCGUAAAACAGUGGGCCAAUGUAGCGAGAAUAAUGGUUCGAGAUUGUGAAGGAGAUUAUGUCGUUCCACCUGGGGGAUGGCAAGAAUGGAUUUAUGGACGUGUUGAUCUGGUUGAUAAGAGUGGGAAAUUCAAGACGCUUGAUGAGAAUAUGAAGCCUAAUGAAGCUGCCAUGUUGUUGGGGAGGGCUAAGCCGUGUCAGGAGUGGGUUGAAGAUGAUGUGGUGUUUAUUAUACAGCAUGACUAUUGGCAUUAUGAUAACCCAUGGCACAGUUUGCUGGAUCACUACGCAGUGUUUUUGACUGAGCAAUUCAUGAAGACCACACGACCCUUCCAAUCUAUGCGAGUAUAUUUCGCAGAUGAUCGAUUGGAAGCUAAUGAUCCAUUAAAUGCAUUAUGGACGAUGCAUUCCUCAAAAGUCGGCUGUCUUACACGGGAUGUGCCGGAUGGACUGUGUUUUAGAAAGACAGUGUUGUCUCUGACAGGUCCAGAUACGGAGUUGUGGCGUGAAGCUGUCAUGACCAGUCAAUGUAAAUCUAGUAAAAUGCUUCAGGACUUUUCUAGACGAGUCAUAUCUCAUUUAGGCCUUGAGCACCUAAAACCACAAGGAGAAUACGACUCGAUAGUAAUCGCACAUCGAAACACACGUCGAAUAUCAAACCGGGAAGAAGCACUACACCAUUUACAAACCUCCUUCCCAAACAAUCCAGUCAAGAUUGUAGCAUUUGGAGAAAUGUCGUUGAUUGAACAGAUCAAGAUUAUUCGACAAACUACUAUCUUGAUUGCUGUACAUGGAGCUGAGCUGACUCAUUUGAUGUGGAUGCCUGAAGAGGCUAUAAUUAUUGAGAUUCAGCCGUUGGGAUGGGGGAGGGAAGUGUUUAGGAACUUGGCUAAGUUCUCUGGAAAAAUAUAUAUGGCGAUUGAAGCCGAUAUAGAUCCGAUACCUGAAGCUCGUGCAUGGAAGAAUGAGCAUGAACAAAAUGUACAUCCUAAUCUAAUAGUGGAUUUAGACAAGCUGAAAGAGGCUGUAGCUGGAGCACUCCUCAUCUCCUCCAGUAGUUUUGGUACUCGAGCAGUAGGAAGAUGGGUUAACGGAAGCAGAGUUGAUGGCUUGCCUGAACCUUACUAA